AUGAAAUCUAAGGCAAUGGAUACUUUCUCUCUAAAUCAAAGGAUGGAUAUGGAAAAGCUCUAAGACUGUCCCAAGGGUUGUAAGAUAAAAGCUAAGUAUUAUUGCACAAAUCCAACACCUUGCAAUGGAUUUCGUUAUUUCUGUGAGUCAUGUGCACAAAAAGAACUUUCAGAAGGAGGACAUCCUCAUAAAGUGACAUCUAUCAUCAAAGUUAUCCGAGACUGCAUGAAUAUCGAAGAUGCUAAGAAGAAUGAGGUCGAGAAACUUUACGUAAAAUUUUGUGAGAACGAGCACGAACAUUCAAAGUUUAUUGAAUUCUUCGAGAAGGGUCUCAUUAUUUUACCAGAAUAUGAUAGAAGAAAAAAGCUGAGUGACUAGAUCUAAUCAGUUAGAUAGCUUAAUGAUGAUUUUGCUAAAUACUUUUCUUCUCUCGAGGAACUCUGUCUUGAUUAUAAAGCUUAGGAAAUCAUUGAUAAGAUAGAAAACGAAGGAGUGUAGUUCGAAGAAAUUUAUUAGGAACUCGUUUAGCUAAAGUAGUUUGAUCAAGAUUUGAUUUGGAAAUACUAUUCUGAUGUUAUUUAAAGUGACUUCAGCGAUUAAACACUAAUGUCGGAAUUUACAGAGUAGAAUUGGAAUAUGUACCACAAUCUUUGCAGAAGAGCUUAGAAUGAAAAAAUUGCUUCAUUAGGAUAAGGAGCUUCUGGAAUAGACAGAAUUGGCUAAUUAGAGGCUAAAUUUGAUAAAAUACUACAAGAAAAUGAGAAUAUGAAAAGUGAGAACUAACAAUUGAAAUAUACAGUAUCACUACUAGAAAACUAAAUAGCUUUAUUGAAUGGCACACUCAAACAAAUUAAAAUUUAACUUUAAGAAAAGAAUUAGGUCAGAUAAUCUAGAGCAGGCCAAAGACAGAAUGAAAUUUCCAGUCUUGCUGAAACAUGA